CAACAUCCCUCUCAUCCUUCCAACUGUUCGGUCUGUUAGUAGUUUUAGGAGCCAAAUCCGGGAAGAAAGAACAUUGUGCUGUUGAAUCUCUGGUCCAAACCCAAUCAGACGACGAAGAAGAAGAAAAAAAAAAAAAGAUAGAAAAAAUAAAGGAAAAAAAAAAAGGAAAAAAAAUUCUCGGACACAGAGAAAAGCUGGGUUUUGGUUCCAAUCUCACCUUUUGCUUUUCCCAUCAAUCAAACAGCUUCGAUUUUCAGAAAUCUGAAAUACCCAUAUCGCCAAAUCGUCAGAAGAUCACAAAAUACAGACACCCAUUUGUGGUUCUUGCCUUUUUCUUUGCGUUUGGGCUCAUGCGUUUGAUUUCUCUUCACUGCUGGGUCUUCGCCUUCUGGGUUUGUCCGGCGAAAUGGUCGUGUUGGUUCUGAAGAUCAUGUUGAUGCAGAGAGAGGUUGAUCUGGGCUGAUUCAGGGCGAGCUAGUAAUUAACAGAGAGAGAGAGAGAGAGGGGCAGAGAGAGAGAGAGAGAGUUUUAGGGAGUAUUUGGGGAGAGAAUGAGCAAAGAGCACGGCGGCAUUGUGAAGGCCUGGGAAGCAACGGUGCGGAAAUCACAAGCUUCUGCAAAAAAGAGAGCCAACAGCAUAUUCUCAACAAUGUCGGUGGCACACGCCGACGACGACGACGCCGGUGCUGGCGAGGUCUACCACGCAGAGAAGGUCCUUUCCAAUGGAGACUUCUACACGGGCCAGUGGGCCGAUAACCUGCCCCACGGUCACGGUAAGUAUUUGUGGACGGACGGGUGUAUGUAUGUGGGCGAAUGGUUCAGAGGCAAGACGAUGGGCAAAGGCAAGUUCAGCUGGCCCUCUGGGGAAACCUAUGAGGGCGAAUUCAAGAGUGGGUAUAUGGAUGGUAGAGGGACUUACACUGGUUCUGCCGGUGACACCUAUAGGGGCUGUUGGGUUAUGAAUUUGAGGCAUGGACAGGGAACGAAGAGUUACGCCAAUGGAGACUACUAUGACGGCGAAUGGCGCCGGGGUUUGCAGGACGGUCACGGGCGAUACCAAUGGAAGAAUGGGAACCAUUACAUUGGGCAUUGGAAGAAUGGGGUGAUCAAGGGGAAUGGAACAAUGAUUUGGGCCAAUGGAAAUAGGUAUGAUGGGUUUUGGGAGGAUGGGUUGCCCAAAGGGAAUGGGACAUUUAGGUGGGCAGAUGGGAGUUUCUAUGUGGGUGUUUGGAGCAAGGAUCCUAAGGAGCAGAGUGGGACUUAUUAUCCUUCUGGUUCUCCUGGAGGGAACUUUGAUUGGGAUCCUCAGGAGGUGUUUUCUGUUGAUUUGAAUGAUUGUAAGAUUUGCCCAGGGGAGAAGGUUUCGAUAAUGCCCUCGCAGAAGAUGCUCAAUUGGCCUGGAACUGAGGGUGAGUUCUUGCAGAAGCAGACCAUUUGGCGGCCUUCCAAGGUUAAUGAUUCGAGCAAUAGGCCAAGGAGGAGGUCAGUAGAUGGGAGAGUGACCAGUACGGAUAAGCAUUCCAUGUGGGAGACGGAUGGCGAUGUUUUUCCCGAUUUUGGGGAUCGCCAUUCAGUGGUUGGGAGAGAGAUGGACGAAGGGUUGGGUAAUCUGCAGCUUGAGGAUUUGGAUUCGAGAGGGUUCCGUCAGCAGCAGUUGAGAAUACAGCCUGUGAAAAGACAGGGAGACACAAUAUCUAAAGGGCAUAAGAACUACGAGCUUAUGCUCAAUCUGCAGCUGGGUAUCAGACAUUCGGUUGGAAGGCCUGCUCCUGCAACAUCCCUUGAUCUGAAGUCCUCAGCUUUUGACCCCAAGGAAAAGGUGUGGACUAAGUUUCCUCCAGAAGGAUCUAAACACACACCACCUCACCAGUCGUGUGAGUUUAAGUGGAAGGAUUACUGCCCAUUGGUUUUCAGGACUCUCAGGAAAUUGUUCAAGGUGGAUCCGGCUGAUUACAUGAUAUCUAUAUGCGGAAAUGAUGCCCUUCGGGAGCUCUCAUCUCCCGGAAAAAGUGGAAGCUUCUUUUACUUGACCAAUGAUGAUCGGUACAUGAUAAAGACAAUGAAGAAGGCAGAAGUAAAAGUGCUCCUAAGGAUGCUUCCAGCUUACUAUAAUCAUGUUCGAGCCUUUGAGAAUACUCUUGUCACCAAAUUUUUUGGUCUCCACUGUGUGAAGUUAACUGGUACUGCUCAGAAGAAGGUGCGAUUUGUUAUAAUGGGGAAUUUGUUCUGUACUGAGUACCCCAUUCACCGGCGCUUUGACUUGAAAGGUUCUUCCCAUGGCCGAACAACUGAUAAACCUGAAGCUGAAAUUGAUGCAACAACGACACUUAAAGACCUUGAUCUUAAUUUCAUAUUCCGACUGCAGAAGGUUUGGUUCCAAGAGUUUUGUAGGCAAGUGGACAGGGAUUGUGACUUUCUUGAACAGGAGAGAAUCAUGGAUUACAGCCUUUUGGUUGGCCUUCAUUUCCGAGAAACAACACAACUGAAGGAAACUCCCUUGGCUCGUUCUCCUGGAAUUCUCACUCCUACCGGAAAUGGUGAAUCUGAGAGUGAAGUAGCAGCCCCCCGUCAUUCAAGAGCAGACAUGGAUCAGCUUCUUUCUGACCCAGCUCGGUGGGCUACCAUUAAACUAGGUAUAAACAUGCCAGCAAGGGCUGAACAAACAGUGAGAAGAACUGAUUGCGAAUCUCAGCUAAUUGGAGAACUAACAGGAGAAUUCUAUGAAGUCAUCCUCUUCUUUGGCAUAAUAGACAUAUUACAAGAUUAUGAUAUUAGCAAGAAGCUGGAGCAUGCUUACAAAUCAAUCCAAUAUGAUCCAACUUCAAUCUCUGCUGUGGAUCCGAAGCAGUACUCUAAACGCUUCCGCGAUUUCAUCUUCAAAAUUUUUGCAGAAGACACUUAAAAGGUAUAGAUUGACCCAAAGAUUUCCGGUUUUAGCCUGUGAGAUCAUGUAUAGUCGGGAGAAGACAGUCCUUACAAGGCACAAUGCUGCCAUUUUAGCCGUUGACAUGGCCUUCGGAGGAUGACUUUUGGGCUUUGUGGCUGCCCGAGCUACAUGACAACUCAGUUCUUCGGCAACACAUUUGAUCUCUCCUGUUAUCAUCUCUUUAUAUUUACAGUUACAGAUAUGGUAAUGUUUUAGUGAGGUAUAGAUUAACAUUGUAACCAGAGCCCCUCAAGCAUUUUCCAAUUGUAAAUGAAUUUAUUUAGGGUGAACCCUAAUCGGAGUCAAAUUCUUUUUUGUACCCAGUUUUUUUGUCCCAGAAGCUGAGGGCCUCUCUGGGAUUACGGCAUUGAAUAAAUGUACAGAAGGAAAUCGAUCGGACCAACUUUUUGUUACAUCUCUUCAAUGGAAUUCUUUAAAUGAAGAUGGUCGUUCUUUCUA